UUAGUCAUAGUUUGUACAGCAUUUCCUUUGAGAUUUCUAUAAUAUAUUUUUAGUCUGUGACAGCCAUAGAAUGCUCCGCUCCAACUGGCCCACAGUUACAUCGACUGAUACCGAAACAGGUGGUCUGGUUUAAUUCUGUUAUUUUCUUCUGGCUUUAAUUACAAAAGGCCAUCAGAGAACCUUUGUACCUUUUACUCUUUAGUAUACUCUCUGUACUCCUUCAGUGUCCCUGUUAUUCACAUACCCACAGGAAGGAUAUACAGUUGCCCAUUAAUCCAAACGGUGGAAAUCUACAUAGACAGAAGGCACAAUGCUGCCCUACGAAACUAUAGAGCAAGCAGAGGACGCUCUGGGCAGGGACCUCUCUUAUUGGGAAAAUCUAUGGUUCAGAUACUCUGCAAAAAUGCCGGACAGUUGGCUCUACUUUCACAACAUAUUGUUUCUUUUAAUAAUUUUCUCCAUGAUGCCGCUGCCAUUGGCCAUUCUGGACCUCGUCAAGGCCAAAGGCUUACAGAAGUAUAAAAUUCAGCCCAAAAUCUACAUGCCCAAAUCGGAGGUGCUGCAUUGUUACAAGAGUGUUAUGUAUGUUUUCUUCGCAGUUGUUGGGCCUCUGCAGCUGUCAUCUUAUCCUAUUGUCAAGUUUAUUGGUAUCAGGACAAGCUUGCCCCUGCCUUCUCUGUGGGAAGUCAUUGCACAACUUACAGUCUACUUUCUGGUGGAAGACUGGGGGAAUUACUGGAUCCACAGGUGGUUGCACUGCAAGUGGGGUUAUGAUAAGAUCCAUCGGAUUCACCAUGAGUUUACUGCUCCAAUAGGGUUUGCUGCUCCUUAUGCACAUUGGGCAGAGGUGCUAAUACUGGGUAUCCCAUCCUUUGUUGGACCCGCAAUCGCUCCAGGACACAUGAUUACAUUCUGGCUCUGGAUUGCGCUGCGCCAAAUGGAAGCUAUUGAUACCCACAGCGGGUACUAA